CAUGAGAGGGUAUCAAUCAAAAGGUUUUUCAAAAGAAAGUUUGAAUCCACGUCUGAACAAGAUUCAGAAGAUUUGCCUUGGGAUCCUGCGGAUAGGAAACGAAUAUCGGAGUAUCAUCCUAAUGAAAGAGAUGAGGUAAGACGCAAAUAUCUUAUUAAAGGUCCUUGUCAACCUCGCGGUCAUGAUUUUCCUAAAACACCAUCAGGAAACAAAAUGAGACGAUUCAAUCCAGAAUGGUUUGAUCUCUAUGGCAGUUGGUUGGAAUACAGUGUGAAAAAAGACAAAGCUUAUUGCUUGUUUUGUUAUUUGUUUAGAGAUUACACAUAAAAUAAGGGUGGAAGUGAUGCAUUUGUGACAAAAGGCUUUGAUACUUGGAAAAAUCUUCAGAGUUUGCGAGAGCAUGUAGGAUUGGUGAAUAGUUUUCACAAUAAUGCAUUAAAAAGAGCUGAUGAUUUGAUGAGGCAAGGUCAAUCAAUCAUUCAUGCUUUUCAUAAGCAAGAUGACAUGGUAAAGAAUGAAUACAAGAUAAGAUUGAAUGCGUCAAUUGAUUGUUGUAGAUAUUUACUACGCCAAGGAUUACCUUUUAGAGGUCAUGAUGAGUCAGUUGAAUCAGCUAAUAGAGGAAAUUUCUUAGAGCUUGUGAAAUAUACUGCAGGACAAAGCGAGCUUGUAAGUAAAGUUGUGUUGGAAAAUGCUCCAAAAAAUAAUCAGAUGGUGUCUCCUAAAAUUCAGAAAGAUAUAGUGCAUUGCUUUGCAGAAGAAGUUACUGGAUCUAUAAUUCAUGAAGUUGAGCAUGAUAUCUUUUGUUUGUUGGUGGAUGAAUCUGCAGAUGUUUCAGAUAAAGAGCAGAUGGCAGUGGUUUUUCGUUUUGUUGAUGAACAUGGGACAGUCAAAGAAAGAUUUAUUGGUCUUAUCCAUGUUAAAGAGACAUCUUCUGCAUCUCUGAAAUGUGCUAUUGAUUCAUUAUUUGCUAAGCAUGGUUUGAGUAUGAAACAAUUAAGGGGACAUGGAUAUGAUGGAGCUAGUAAUAUGAAAGGUAAAUUCAAUGGGUUGAGAUCUCUGAUUUUGAGAGAAAAUAGUUCUGCUUAUUAUAUCCACUGUUUUGCUCAUCAGCUUCAGUUAGUCGUAGUGGCAGUUGCUAAGAAACAUUUUGAAGUCGGAGAUUUCUUUGAUAUGAUUUAUGUCUUGAUAAAUGUUGUUGGGGCUUCUUGUAAAAGAAAGGACAUGCUCCGAGAGGAAUAUAGAAAAAAGAUCGAGGAAGAAAUCAGUCAAGGUGAAAUUAAGACAGGAAAAGGAUUGAAUCAAGAGCUCUCACUACAGAGACCUGGUAAUACUCGUUGGGGUUCUCACUACACAACAUUACUCCGGUUGGUUGAUUUAUUUUCUUCUAUCAUUAAAGUGCUUGAAUAUAUCGAAAUGGAAGGGACUGAUAGUACCAAAAGACGACAAGCUAAUGGUCUUCUCAAGUACUUUAAUACCUUUGAUUUUGUGUUCUACUUACAGUUGAUGUUGCUUCUUCUUGGACUCACGAACAGUUUAUCAGUGGCACUACAAAGGAAAGACCAAGACAUUUUGAAUGCUAUGUCAUUAGUGAAGUUCACCAAGCAUCAAUUAUGCAAGCUCUGGGAUGAUGGAUGGGAUUCUUUUCUUAAUAAAGUUUCAUCUUUUUGUGAGAAUCAUGACAUUGAGUUAGUCACUAUGGAUAGAGAAUUUGUUGAUCCAAGAAAGUCUAGAAAACGAAGCAACAUGACCAGCUUGCAUCACUACCAAGUAGAGUGUUUUUACACUGUGUUGGAUAUGCAAAUUCAAGAGUUUAAUGAUCGCUUUGAUGAGGUAAACGCUGAACUACUUGGAUGUGUUGCUUCUUUAAGCCCUGUUGAUUCAUUUCAUGAUUUUAAUCAGUUGAAAGUUUUGAGAUUAUCUGAGUUUUAUCCAGAAGAUUUUACUCAUGUCGAUCGUAUAGCACUCGAGCAUCAACUUGAUUUAUACAUCGACAACAUCCGUGAAGAUGAAAGAUUUGCUAAUUUGAAGAGUUUAGGAGAUCUUGCACGUGUGAUGAUGGAGACAAGGAAACAUCUUUCACAUCCUCAGGUUUAUCGACUUUUAAAGCUAGUUUUGACUUUACCUAUAGCUACAGCUACAGUUAAAAGAUGCUUCUCUGCGAUGAAAAUUGUGAAGACUAGUUUGCGUAAUCGUAUAGGCGAUCAGUUUAUGAAUGAUUGUCUAGUUUGUUUCAUUGAAAGAUAAUUACUCGAUCAAGUGACAAACGAGCAAGUGGUGAAAAGGUUCCAAAAUAUGGAAGACCGUAGGAUAACUUUAUAGAUAUUUUUUCUAUUGUAAGACUUAUUUUUAUUUUAGUUAAAAGUUUAUUUUUAUUA